AUGGCGGCGCAUGAAGUAUCAUCCGAACAGGAGAAGUAUCCUCAGGAUGCAGUCGACAAGGUUAUGACAGCAGAGAAGGCCUCAGCGCCGAACGGAGCGCAUGCCGACGAGUCAUCGGAGGGCGCCAGACUUCGUUCUUCGUCGUCAGAGAAUAAAGAUUCGCUUCCCGGCGAUGAUGCGGAUGCAGCACCGGAUACGGAGACUGGGAACCCGCUGGACCGGGUUCCGUCUCAGGCGCAGAGAUUAGGGAAGAAGAAGAUCGCAGUGGUUAUGGGCGCACUCUGCCUUGUCCUGUUUCUUGCAGCUUUGGAUAUGACCAUCAUCUCUACAGCCCUACCGACGAUGGCCGCCGAUUUCAAUGCAUCUGAGAGUGGAUAUUCGUGGAUGGCUUCAUCGUUCUCUCUGACCAACGCAGCCUUUGUCCCACUCUGGGGCAAAGUGAGUGAUAUCUGGGGCAGGAAACCCAUUCUUCUCCUCGCCAACGCUGGAUUCCUCAUCGGUAGUCUGAUCUGUGCGCUGUCCAUCAACCUGCCCAUGGUUUUGGCUGGUAGGGCAAUCCAGGGUGCUGGAGCUGGCGGGAUUAUCACAUUGGCAAAUAUCUCUGUUUCUGAUCUAUUCAGCGUUCGAGAACGGCCGAUGUAUUAUGCGCUUUUUGGAACUACUUGGGCUAUUGCAGGCGCUCUAGGUCCUCUCGUUGGAGGCGCCUUUACAACCAGUGUUACCUGGCGUUGGUGUUUCUAUCUCAACUUACCGAUUGGCGGUUUCUCAUUUUUUGUCUUGUUCUUCUUCCUCAAGAUUGAGUCACCCAAAACUCCCUUGAUCGCCGGGCUUAAGGCGAUCGACUGGUCCGGCACUCUUCUCAUCGUCGGCGCUACUCUCAUGUUUCUAUUCGGCCUCCAGUUCGGCGGCGUGGACUACCCUUGGGACUCGGCAACAGUUCUCUGUCUCAUCAUCUUUGGCGUACUAACCUACGUCCUCGCCAUGCUCUACGAAUGGAAAAUUGCCCGUUAUCCGGUUAUUCCCAUCCGCCUCUUCAGCAACUGGCACAACGUUCUUGUCCUCUUCAUUUGCUUCCUGCACUCCCUCGUCUUCAUGGGCGGCUCUUACUACCUGCCGUUUUACUUCCAAUCUGUCCUUCUCGUCUCCCCCAUCCUUAGCGGUGUCUACGUCCUCCCCCAGGUUCUCUCUUUGUCUGUCCUCUCGAUUAUAACAGGAAUCCUAAUCAAGAAGACCGGCCGCUACCGUGAGAUUAUCGUUGCCGCCUUUGUUUUCUUAGCGCUAGGCUACGGCCUGUUUAUUGACCUAAAGCCAUACGCCAGUUGGCCCCGCAUCAUCAUCUACCAAUUAAUCGGUGGAAUUGGAACGGGCCCUCUCUUUCAAGCGCCCCUCGUCGCUCUGCAGGCCAACAUCCAUCCCUCCGACAUGGCCGCCGGAACCUCAACGUUCUCCUUCCUCCGUCAAGUGUCCGCUGCUAUCUCCAUCGUCAUCGGCACGGUCAUCUACCAAAACAUUCUCGUCGACAAGACCUCUACCAUCGCGGCGGCAGUGGGUCCCGAAAUGGCAAGGUCGCUUCAGAACUCUUUUGCAUCCAACAACCAUGACCUCAUUCGCUCGCUGCCCGAGGACCAGAAAAGCGUUGUUCUAUCUGCAUUUACCUUCUCGCUGUCCCGCAUCUGGAUCUUCUAUACCGCUAUGGCUGGCGUCGGGUUGAUCGUUAGUGUCUUUGUGAGACCCGUUGAACUGAGCAAGACGCAUACGAUGGCGAAGACCGGGUUGGCCGAGCAGGAGCGCGCUAGGAAGGAGAUCCUGGAGGUGCAGGCUAGGGCGCGCUCUGCUAAAAUGGGUGACGGGAAAGAGACCGUGUAG